AAAAAGGAAAUUAGAUGAGUUGAUUCACCAAUGAGAAAGAUCCAUUAGUACCCAAAAGGAAAAUUUCCAUUUUUUAACAUAAAAAAGAAAAAAGAAAAAAUAGUUUCCCAUUAUUUUUUUUUCUUUAUUCUUUGUUUCUUGAUCCACGGGAGAGCAAAAAAUAACAAAGCCAAAGCUUUAAUAAUAAUAAUUAAAAAAAAGAAUCCAAACCCAGAUUGCAAAAACCCCCAAGUUUGAUUCUCUGAUCCAAAAAAUCCAAAAGAAAGGGAAAAAGAAACCCAUUUGGGGGUGUUGAAAAUCCAAUGCAGUGGAGGUCUUUGUUAGAAAGAACAACAACAAAGGGGAGAGUUUUGAAGGAAACCCAGAUAAAAAAAUCUGAGCUUGAGUCAGGAAAAGAAGAGAAAAAGGGUUGGAUCUGAUGGUGGUUGGGGUGGGAUUGGGUGUGGAGAGGAGCAGAGAGAGAUAUUGUGGAGGAGCAACAGCUGUUUUUGAUAACAUUAAGAAAGGUUGUGUCUUUUUGAAGAGAGUGGAGACGAGUUGUUCAGGUGUGGUGGGGCUGCAUAGAAAAGGAUGCAGCUUCACAUCUCGCCUAGCAUGAGAAGUAUAACGAUAUCAAGCAACAAUGGGUUUAUUGACUUGAUGAAGAUCAAGGUGGCAGCUAGACAUAUUUCAUAUAGGACCCUUUUCCACACCAUUCUCAUCCUCGCUUUCUUGUUGCCUUUUGUCUUCAUUCUUACUGCUCUUGUUACCCUUGAAGGUGUCAACAAGUGCUCCUCAUUUGAUUGUUUAGGUCGGCGAUUAGGACCGAGGCUUCUUGGGAGAGUUGAUGAUUCAGGAAGACUAGUUAAGGACUUUUAUAAGAUCCUCAAUCAAGUAAACAAUGAGGAAAUCCCAGAUGGUCUAAAGCUUCCAGAUUCAUUUAGUCAACUUGUUUCUGAAAUGAAGAACAACCAGUAUGAUGCAAAGACCUUUGCAUUCAUGUUAAGAGCAAUGAUGGAGAAACUUGAAAGAGAAAUUAGGGAAUCGAAAUUUUCUGAGCUGAUGAACAAACACUUUGCUGCAAGUUCGAUUCCAAAAGGCAUCCACUGUCUCUCUCUGCGUUUAACUGAUGAAUAUUCUUCCAAUGCUCAUGCACGCAGACAACUGCCUUCUCCUGAGCUCCUCCCUGUGCUUUCUAACAACUCUUACCACCACUUUGUCCUGUCAACAGACAACAUAUUGGCUGCAUCAGUAGUUGUUACUUCUGCUGUCCAGUCAUCACUAGAACCUGAAAAGAUUGUCUUCCAUAUCAUCACAGACAAGAAAACUUAUGCGGGUAUGCAUUCCUGGUUUGCGCUAAACCCUGUAUCUCCUGCCAUAGUUGAAGUGAAAGGUGUUCACCAGUUUGAUUGGUUAACUAGAGAGAAUGUUCCUGUGCUUGAAGCUGUAGAGAACCAUAAUGGCAUCAGAAAUUACUAUCAUGGCAAUCAUAUUGCAGGAGCAAAUCUCUCUGAUACUACUCGAACAUUUGCUUCAAAAUUGCAGGCUAGAAGUCCAAAGUACAUAUCCUUACUCAACCAUCUUCGGAUAUAUUUACCAGAGCUCUUUCCAGACCUCGACAAAGUGGUCUUUUUAGAUGACGAUGUUGUAAUUCAGCAUGAUUUGUCUCCUCUUUGGGAGAUUGAUCUACAGGGAAAGGUUAAUGGAGCUGUAGAAACUUGUAAAGGUGAAGAUGAGUGGGUGAUGUCAAAACAUUUCAGAAACUACUUCAAUUUUUCUCAUCCCCUUAUAGCUAAGCAUUUGGAUCCUGAUGAAUGUGCAUGGGCUUAUGGAAUGAAUAUAUUUGAUCUCCGUGCAUGGAGAAAAACAAAUAUAAGAGAAACAUAUCAUUCCUGGCUGAAAGAGAACCUGAAGUCAAACCUGACUAUGUGGAAGCUUGGAACUCUACCACCAGCUUUGAUUGCAUUUAAAGGCCAUGUUCAUCCAAUUGACCCAUCAUGGCAUAUGCUUGGCUUGGGCUAUCAGAGUAAAACCAACAUUGAGAAUGUGAAAAGAGCUGCAGUUAUUCAUUACAAUGGCCAGUCAAAACCAUGGCUGCAGAUUGGCUUUGAUCAUCUUCGGCCAUUUUGGGCCAAGUAUGUCAACUACUCCAAUGAUUUUGUUAGGAACUGCCACAUUUUGGAAUCGUAGUUACGCAGCUAGUGGACUUAGAAGGAAAGAUAGACUUUAAGAGACACUAGCAAGUCAAGUGUCAUAAGUUUUACCACAGCCUGAAAAUUUUCUCGAGAUCCUUUUGAGAAGGUGAGAUGAAAAUUGGCGAAGAGAGUGACAAUUUGAGGACUGGAUAUACUUUCAUCACUCGAAACAUUUUGCUGGAAAGACCUGCAUUACUAGCAAUGGCAUGGAAUUCAUUCUUUCAGUUUGUAAGAUAGCAAUCAAUGUUUAUUUUUUGGGGUGGGAAAAGGAUGCUCAUAUUGGUCUUCCUGCAAGGGUUCUUGGCUUAAUGCAUAUGUUGGAAUAACGUGCAAAAUACACAAGACUAGAAAAUACUCCCACUGAUGUCAUUGGAUUCAUUGGUGUAUAGGAAGAGGAUGGCUUGGGCAGGUCAUUUGGUGACAGGAUCCCACUUCAGCCCAGGCCAUUUUCUUCCCUUCCAUUUUUUUGUUAGUUCCUCAAUUCUUUUCCCCUUGUUUUGAAAUGUUUUGUUGAAUUUUAGGACUAGAUCAUGGAGAUUGCUUGUGUUACAGCUCCCAUGAAUUGGGGACCUGUUCUUAGGUUAUAAAUUGGUAUUUGUUAUGUACGCUUCACUAGAAACAUUUAAAAAUUUGUGCAGAAAAAUUCUUUUCCAAUUUUUCCAUCAUAUAAUUGAGUUAUCACCCUGUCUACAAGGCACUAUGCUAGUGUUCCAUCUCCCCCAUGUCUCUGCAGCAGAGCUGCUCCUUUCUGUGUCAUGUGUAUCUCCAGGGAAAUGUUAUUGUCAGCCUCCAACAAAAAACCGUUUCUAUUUAGUUUAGUGCAUUAGAGAGAGAGAGGUGAUAAUAGUUCGGGUUGGUUUGAAUUUGG